UAGUUAAUUAUCCAAUACGUACUUGACCAGUAUGGUGGAGUAAGGUUUCAGGUGUUUCCUGUGUCCCAUUCAAUUCUUUACCUAACGCUAUUCCCAAUUCAAUCACUUUUACCCCUCCUUUAUCCCCCUCUUCUACACCACCCACUUUCUUCUGGAAAUGGAUAAAUUGGGCAGCUCAGGCGAUGACUUGUUCGUUGACGACCUCCUUGACUUUUCCAAUGACUUCCCUGACGACGACGACCUAGGACAUGAAAACAACAAUUAUCUUUCGCCUCAAAAGCUACAACCACAGGAUAAGGAAAGUGAUAAAGUAACACUCACCAACAAGUCUAGCCUUAUUCCUUCUGAGAAAGAAGAUUUUGAUUCUAUCCUUGGUAGUCAACUCAGUCUUCCUGGAAGUGAUUUGGAUAACCUGGAAUGGCUGUCUCAUUUUGUUGAAGACUCAUUUUCAGAGUAUUCACUCACAUACUUACCGGAAAAAGCUCUCCAAAUUCAUUCAAACACGCAAAACCCGGUCCAACAGCAGUCCUGUUUCACCAGUCCGGUUCAAAAUAAACCGCCAGUGAAAAAACCAAAGAAGAAGAUGGAGAAACGGGUCGGGUUUUGGGCGAAACAGUGUACCCAUUGUGGGGUGCGAAAGACUCCAUUAUGGCGAACCGGUCCAUUAGGUGAGAAAACACUUUGUAAUGCAUGUGGGGUCCGGUUUAAAUCGGGUCGGCUUUUACCCGAAUAUAGACCGGCUAGUAGCUCGACUUUUUCGAACGGGUUACACUCAAACAGUCACAGGAAAGUUUUGGAAAUGCGGCACAAGAAGGAAAUUGGAGCUGGCAGUUCAGACUUUUUGAAAGAUUAAUUAGUGGAAGUAGUAGACUUUUAAGGAAUUUUUAUUAUUUUUUGAUAAGUUUAGGGAGUUUUGUUUUUCAAGGUAGGGUUUUGAAUUUCAAGUGUGUUGGUGUAAAAAGAAGAGAUUAGUGUCUUUCGUGUACUCAUUGCUUCCCAGCAAACAUCCAACAAGUUUUUUUUUUUUUUUUUUUUUGAAAGAAAGAAGAAACAAAAGGUUGAUGUGGGAAGAGUGUGCCCUUUUAUGCU